CCCCCCAGCCCAGUUUCCAGCCCUGGACCACGCAUCCUGAGCCCUGCGCCCCGACGGAGGUCUCUUUGUUCGCGCCUCUUCCCACAUAUUAGAAACCUCUCCUCUUGAGGUUGGGAUGAAGAGGCAGUUGGGACGGCCAGCUGGAGGUCUGCGUGGUAGAGGGAACUCCAGUGCCCCCCUCAGGCUUCCCUGAGACACCAUGUUCAACUCCAUGACUCCACCAGAAGACAAUAGCUAUGCUGAGCCGUGCUGUCUCCACCCCCUCCCCAGCCAAGGGCUCCCCAGCAUGGGGACAGAAGGACUUUCUGGCUUGCCCUUUUGCCAUCAAGCCAACUUUACGUCAGGGCCCCAGGGUUACGGGUCUGCCAGAGAGACCAACGGCUGCACUGAGGGGCCACUCUUCCCUCCUCCCCGGAGUUCAGUCAGAUUGACAAAGAAGCGGGCGCUCUCCAUGUCGCCUCUUUCUGAUGCCAGCCUCGACCUACAAACAGUCAUCCGCACCUCACCCAGCUCCCUCGUGGCUUUCAUCAACUCACGCUGCGCAUCUCCAGGAGGUUCCUACGGACAUCUCUCCAUUGGCACCAUGAGCCCGUCUCUAGGAUUCCCACCGCAGAUGAGUCACCAAAAAGGGACGUCACCCUCCUAUGGAGUCCAGCCCUGUGUUCCACACGACUCUACUCGAGGUGCAAUGAUGUUUCACCCUCAGUCUCGGGGACCACGUCCAACCUGCCAGCUGAAGUCGGAGCUCAGCAUGAUGGUCAGCAAGUGCCCAGAAGAGCCUUUGGAAGGGGACAUGUCUAGCCCUGGCUCCACAGGCACACAGGAUCACUUGCUAGGGAUUCUGGCUGGGCGGGAGGAGCUGGAGAGAGAGGAGAAACCAGAGCCUGAGUCUGUGUAUGAGACCGACUGCCGCUGGGAUGGUUGCAGUCAGGAGUUUGACUCCCAGGAGCAGCUGGUGCACCAUAUCAACAGCGAGCAUAUCCACGGCGAGAGGAAGGAGUUCGUGUGCCACUGGGGAGGCUGCUCCAGGGAGCUGAGGCCCUUCAAAGCCCAGUACAUGCUGGUGGUGCACAUGCGCAGACACACGGGCGAGAAGCCACACAAGUGCACGUUUGAGGGGUGUCGGAAGUCAUACUCACGCCUUGAGAACCUGAAGACGCACCUUCGCUCGCACACGGGGGAGAAGCCUUACAUGUGUGAACAGGAAGGCUGCAGCAAGGCCUUCAGCAAUGCCAGCGACCGCGCCAAGCACCAGAAUCGGACCCACUCCAACGAGAAGCCAUAUGUGUGCAAGCUCCCUGGCUGUACCAAGCGCUACACAGACCCCAGCUCACUCCGCAAACACGUCAAGACAGUGCAUGGUCCCGAUGCCCACGUGACCAAGCGGCAUCGAGGGGAUGGUCCCUUGCCACGGGCACCAUCCCUUUCCACAGUGGAGCCCAAGCGGGAAAGGGAAGGCGGAUCCAUCAGGGAAGAGAGCCGACUGGCUGUGCCUGAGGGUAACAUGCCACAGCAGAGCCCAGGAGCACAGUCUUCCUGCAGCAGUGACCACUCCCCAGCAGGCAGCGCAGCCAACACCGACAGCGGCGUGGAGAUGACUGGCAACGCAGGGGGCAGCACCGAGGACCUGUCGAGCUUAGAUGAAGGACCUUGUGUUGCGGCCACCGGACUCUCCACUCUUCGCCGCCUGGAGAACCUCAGGCUGGAUCAGCUGCACCAGCUCCGGCCAAUAGGGUCCCGGGGUCUCAAACUGCCCAACUUAACCCACGCUGGCGCUCCUGUGUCCCGCCGUCUGGGCCCCCCAGUUUCCCUCGACCGCCGCAGCAGCAGUUCUAGCAGCAUUAGUUCCGCUUAUACGGUCAGCCGCCGGUCCUCCUUGGCGUCCCCUUUCCCGCCGGGAUCCCCUCCAGAGAAUGGGGCAUUGUCACUACCUGGCCUCACACCUGCCCAGCACUACCUGCUCCGAGCAAGAUAUGCUUCCGCCAGGGGGAGCGGCACUCCACCUGCUUCAGCUCACAGCCUGGAUAGAAUGGGGGGUCUUCCUGUACCUCCUUGGAGAAGCCGCGCCGAGUACCCAGGAUACAACCCCAAUGCAGGGGUCACCCGGAGGGCUAGUGACCCAGCCCGGGCUGCUGACCACCCUGCUCCAGCCAGAGUCCAAAGGUUCAAGAGCUUGGGAUGUGUCCAUACGCCCCCUAGCGUGGCGACAGGGCGGACCUUCGAUCCCCACCUCCCUACCUCUGUCUAUUCGCCACAGCCUCCCAGCAUCACUGAAAACGUUGCUAUGGACACAAGAGGGCUACAGGAGGAGCCAGAGGUUGGAACUUCCAUGAUGGGCGAUGGUCUGAACCCAUACAUGGACUUUUCAUCUGCUGAUACUCUGGGAUAUGGGGGGCCUGAGGGGACAGCGGCUGAGCCUUACGGAGCUAGGGGUCCGGGUUCCCUGCCUCUUGGGCCUGGUCCACCGACCAACUAUGGCCCUAGCCACUGUCCCCAGCAGCUCUCCUAUCCUGACCCUAGCCCAGAAACAUGGAAUGAGUUUCCCUCCCACUCUGGGGCAUAUAGUGGCACUAAGGCUCCAAGUGGAACCUAUAGCCAGUGUCCUCAACUUGAACACUACGGACAAGCGCAGGUAAAGCCGGAGCAAGGGUGCCCAGUGGGGUCUGACUCUGCUGGAUUGGCACCUUGUCUCAAUGCCCAUCCCGGUGAAGGGUCCCCAGGUCCACAACCUCCAUUUUCCCAUUUACCCCAGCCCCCUCCACCCCAGUAUCCCCAGUCAGGUGCUUAUCCCCAGCCUCCGCAUGAUUAUCUUCUGUCAGAAUCCAGGCCUGGCCUCAGCUUCGACCCUCUCUCUCAUUCCACAGGACAGCUCAAAGCUCAGCUUGUGUGCGAUUACAUUCAAUCACAGCAGGAAUUGCUGUGGGAGGGCAGAGGCCGGGGAGGGCUCCCCCACCAGGAACUUCCGUAUCAGAGCCCCAAGUUUCUAGGGGGUUCUCAAGUUAGUCAGAGCCCUGCCAAGGCCCCAGCAGCUGCAUACGGACCUGGCUUUGCAUCUACUUUGGCCAAUCACAAGUCAGGCUCCUAUCCCUCCCCUUCUCAGUGCCAUGAAACUUUGGCAGUGGGGGUAAACAGGCUUUCCCAUAAGCCAGCAGCACCUCCCCGGCUGCUGCCCCCACUGCCCCCUUGCUAUGGGCCCCUCAAGGUGGGGGACACCAACCCCAGCUGUGGCCACCCUGAAGUGGGCAGGCUAGGAGCAGGCCCUGCCUUGUACCCUCCCCCUGAAGGGCAGGUGUGCAAUCCUCUGGACUCUCUUGACCUGGACAACACUCAGCUGGACUUUGUGGCUAUUCUAGAUGAGGCCCAGGGGCUGAGCCCUCCUCCUUCCCACGAGCAAGGGGACAGCUCUAAAAUUACCCCACCUCCCUCCGGGCCCCCCAACAUGGCAGUGGGCAACAUGAGUGUCUUACUGGGGUCUCUGCCGGGAGAGACACAAGUCCUCAACUCUAAUGCCUAAAAGAACAAGGAACCCACCCUGAUCAUGCUUCCACAGUGGCUGCAUGGGGUGCCCAGGGAUGGAAGGCCUGUAUUUAGUCUAUGUAUGUUCCAGGAAAAAGAAACUUUAAUAAUGACAGUUUCCUGACAAUAAAGGAAUGCUGAGAA